CUUCUUCUUCACAGGGAGGCUUUUAGCAGACGAGUCAAGUCCAGAGGUCACGUCGACGUGCGCCGCGGAUAUGGGUCUAAAAGUGUCACUAUCGCUUCUUCUAUUAUUCUUAUGCUCUCAAGCUUCAGGUUUACGAGGUCAAGGUCGGGGACAUUUGGGGUUGUGGACCCUGCAGAUUCAGGUCGAGUUAUUGUGGAUGAAGCGGCCUCACAGACUCUGAAGAGUAACCUGACCACCGUCUUCUUCCCGGUCAUCUAUGUCAUCGUGUUCGUGGUUGGACUUCCGACCAACGGCAUGGCCAUCUGGGUCUUUCUCUUCAGGACCAAGAAGAAGCACCCAUCCUCCAUCUACAUGGCCAACCUGGCUCUGGCCGACCUGCUUUUUGUCAUCUGGCUGCCUCUAAAAAUUGCCUACCAUUUGGACGGCAACAACUGGACCUAUGGCGAGCCCCUGUGCAAGGUGCUGGUGGGCUUCUUCUACGGGAACAUGUACUGCUCGGUGCUGUUCAUCGCCUGCCUCAGCGUCCAGAGGUACUGGGUGGUGGCUCACCCCCUGUCCCAGCAGAGAAAGAACAACAAAGUUGCCAUCGGCGUCUGCGUGGCCAUCUGGGCGUUCAUCUGGCUCACCACCACCCCUCUGUACCUGUACGACCACACGGCCAAGCUGAAGGACCCCAACGUCACCACGUGCCACGACGUGAGCGUCAUCCACGACCCGCUCAACCCGUUUCCCUCCGUCCAGCAUCCGUUCUACUACUUCAUCUUCAUGGCCACGGUGGUCUUCCUCGUCCCCUGCGUAGUCAUCGUCGUCUCCUACGUGCUGCUCCUCAGAGCUCUGGGGAACUGCAUGGUGGACAGCACGGCGGCGAAGAAACGGCAGAAAGCCGUGGUGUUGAUCGUGCUCGUCCUGGUGACCUUCCUGGUGUGCUUCGUCCCCAGCAACAUCAUGCUGGUGGUGCACUACUCCCUGCUGAAGGACGGCAUCGCCAACAACGGGUACAGCUUCUACACCUCCACGCUGUGCCUGGCCAGCCUCAACAGCUGCCUGGACCCCUUCAUCUACUACUAUGUGUCGGACGAGUUCAGGGACGUGAAGAACACGCUGCUGUGCCGCAGCAGCCGGACGGUGGAGAGGAUGAGGGUGUCCUUCAGCUCCAUGAAAUACUCGAGGAAGAGCAAGUCGUACGUGUCGGAGAGCGGGAACACGCAGAGCAGCUCCUGCUGAGGAGGAGAUAACCACACGCCGUGCCGAGGCUUGCUCUCAGAUGCGCUGAUACCAGCGCUGUGGAGACUUUUUGAUAGACGGGUAACCAGAGACUGCCAAAGAUGAACUUCAAAUG